AUGUAUAAAAGAAAAUACAAAGCUGGUUCAGAAAAAAGAAAGGAAAAAGAAAAGCAGAAAUUGCUUAAAUGUGCCUAUGACAAAAGUCAAAAAAAACUUAGUUUUUCCUCAAGUGUGAAAGAUACAACCGAAAGUAUGGUUUCUACUGAAUCACAGUCCAUUGAUAUGAACCCAAUUUCAAAAUUAGCUACUUCUACUAUUACCACAAAUACAACCGAAAGUAUUUCUGAUAUGGAGCCAAAUUCAAUAUCAGCUGAAUCUACAUUAACUUCUAGUAGCUUAGCAUUUUUAUUAGACCCGCUAACUUUAAGUGAUUCUCAAAAAGUUCAGCGCAAAUGGUUAUCUUAUUGUUCUUAUAGUAAAAGAAUAUUUUGUACUACAUGUAUGACAUUUUGUCCACGACGUGAAAAUAUUAGCAAUUUAGUAACUGGAUUAGAAGUCUUAAAUUCGAAAAAUGUUUAUGGUACAGUUAAAAAACAUGAACAAUCAAAAACACACGGUGAAGCAGUUUCUGCUUUACUACAAGCUAACUUAAACAAAAAUAUUGAGAGUUGUAUUAAUAUUAAUUUAAGGGAAAUUCAUUCCAAAGAAGUAGAAUUUAACCGUUUGGUCAUUAAAAGGCUCAUUGAUAUAAUAAUGUUUAUUGGUAGGCAAGGAUUAGCUUUUCGUGGUAAAGAUGAAGCAGCUUAUAGCUUAGAGGAUAGGACUAUUAAUCAUGGAAAUUUUUUGGAACUAGUAUUGCUUAUUAAAGAUUAUGAUGUUGUAUUGAAUAUGCAUGUUAAAAAUUGUAUUGAGUUAAGUAAAAAACGUAAAGCUGGAGUUAUUGGUAAUUUAUUACGAGAGAAAAUAGUAAAUGAAUUAAAAGAAGCCCAAAGUUUUAGUAUUUUAGUAGACUCGACACAAGAUGUUGCAGUAUUAGAUCAGCUGGCUAUUUGUGUUAGGUAUGUUUUAAAAAACAAUGUUUAUGAAAAACUUUUAAAAUUAGUUGUGGCUUAUGAUUCUAGUGGAAUUGGUUUGUAUAAUUUAAUUGCAAAAGAAUUUUCUGAAAUAGAUUUAGAUAUGAAUAAAAUUGUAGGUUGCUCUUUUGAUGGGGCAUCUAAUAUGAAAGGUGUUUAUAAUGGCUUGCAAUCACAUUUAAAGAAAAAUGCGAAUCCUUCAUGUAUAUAUACUCACUGCCUGGGUCAUGUAUUAAAUUUAGUUAUGGUAGAUUCAUCAGAAUGUUGCAAAAAUGCUGAAUUUCUCUUUGGGUUAGUUCAACAAUCAGCUACUUUUCUUUUAGAUUCUCAUAAAAGAAUGAAAGUAUGGUCAGAUUUAACUAAACAAACCCAUAAAAGUCAUGAUAAACUUAGAAAAUUGAACUUGAUUGGAGCAACUAGGUGGUGGAGUAAGGACAAGGCAUUAUCUUCUAUAAUUCAGUUUAACGAGCCUAAUGUCAAGGAUUCCCGAUUUUUGUUAUUCUUACAUUUUUUAUUGGAAAUAACUUCUAGUGAAUCAAAAUUUGAUGCAAAAACUAAAUACACGGCUCAUACACUUUUACAAAAUUGGUCAAAAUUUGAAAUUAUUUUAACUGCAGCUAUUUACCUUGAUAUUUUUACUAUAAGUUCUCCUGUAUCAAAAAUAAAAAAUAAGUUUAGUAAGAAUUCUGUAAGUAGAGUGCCAAAAAUAAAUAAAAUGCCUGGUGAAUUAGCAUCUGAUGAAAGACCUGACGUUUCCACAGAAAAAAGGUUUAAAGUUGAAACAUAUAAUUAUAUCCUUGAUAUUAUGAUUAAUAGUAUGGAAAAAAGAUUUGUUAGCAAUUCAGAAUUACUUAAAGAUUGUAUUUGCUUAGACCCUAAAAAUUUUAAAAAUAUUAAAAGUGGUUUACCUGAAAACUCACUAUUAAAACUUUCUGAAUUGACAAAAAUAAGUGUACAUGUUUUAACAUCUGAACUCCAACAAUUUGCAAUUCAAUAUGAUACAAUAACUAAAAAUUUUAAUGAUACAUUUUCAAAAAAUGAUCUAUCUUUUGACAAUGACUCCAACUCUGAAUCAGAACUAAAUAUUGACCACAGUUUGGAAUGCAAUACGUGUAAUAAUUGUUUAAGAUGCGCUUUUAAUAUUUUGUACGAAAUUGUUCAACAAUCAGGCUCUUUUAAUAAUAUAUACUUGGCAUAUAAAUUUGUUUUGACAUUACCAUGUACACAAGUUACAUGUGAACGUAUAUUUUCCAAAGUUAAAAACAUUAAAACUAAAUUAAGAUCAUUAAUUUCUCAAGAUAUUAUGGAAGCUUUGUUAAUGAUAAAUAUUGAAAGAGAUUAUGUUGUUGAUAAGGAAAUUGUUGUAAAUACUAUUGCUAAAAGUUCAACUGAACUAUCAAGGUUAUUGAUUUGA